UUGACAGCAGCGACCGCACUUGACGCUGGAGAGCCGCAGUCGGUACCAUUUGUGCCGAAUGGAGUAGGCUCAAAGCGAUCAUUUCAGCCAACGUAUUUGCAACAAACCGGACGCAUUCAUUAAACGUCCUACCAACGACACUAUGGCAGACGACCAGUCCACACAAUCGUGGACAAUCGACAAGGAUGACUACGUUCUCAACGAGGUGAUCGGCAGUGGAGCAACUGCAGUGGUCCAGGCAGCCACCUGCAAGCCCAGAAAUGAGAAGGUGGCCAUUAAACGCAUCAACCUUGAAAAAUGUCAAACUAGCAUGGAUGAACUCUUGAAGGAAAUCCAAGCAAUGAGCCAGUGCCACCAUCCCAACAUUGUGUCCUACUACACUUCCUUUGUGGUGAAGGAUGAGCUAUGGCUGGUCAUGAAACUUCUCAGCGGUGGCUCAGUCUUGGACAUCAUCAAACACAUCAUUUCACGAGGGGAGCACAAGUCCGGAGUGUUGGACGAGGCCUGUAUCGCCACUAUCUUAAAGGAAGUAUUGGAGGCGCUGGAAUACCUUCACAAAAAUGGACAAAUUCAUCGUGAUCUAAAGGCUGGAAAUAUUCUUCUUGGGGAUGAUGGCUCGGUUCAAAUUGCUGAUUUUGGUGUGAGUGCCUUUCUAGCGGCAGGCGGGGAUAUGACAAGGAACAAGGUUCGGAAAACGUUUGUAGGAACACCUUGCUGGAUGGCCCCCGAGGUCAUGGAGCAGGUCCGUGGCUAUGACUUUAAAGCUGACAUCUGGAGUUUUGGGAUCACUGCCAUUGAGUUAGCCACAGGAGCUGCACCGUAUCACAAAUAUCCACCAAUGAAGGUGCUGAUGCUGACUCUGCAGAACGACCCACCCUGUCUGGAAACGGGUAUCACAGACAAGGAGAUGGUGAAGAAAUAUGGCAAAUCCUUUAGGAAGAUGAUCACCUUGUGUUUACAGAAGGACCCAGAAAAAAGGCCAACUGCAGCAGAGUUGCUUAAGCACAAGUUCUUCACCAAAGCUAAGAAUAAUGACUACCUGCAGGAGAAACUGCUACAUAAAGGUCCAUCAAUAAAUGAUCGCUCAAAAAAGGUGAGACGUGUUCCGGGAUCCAGCGGUCGUCUUCACAAGACCGAGGACGGCGGUUGGGAGUGGAGUGACGACGAACUGGACGAGGAGAGUGAAGAAGGCAAAGCUGCAGUGGCAGCUCUGCGGUCACCCAGAGUGAGGGACGGCUCUCAGACUAUGGAGAUUUUCCCGCCAGCAGAGGGCUCUAGUUCACACCUUAAGCCGCCGCCUCCUACAGUCAAAGCCAAUAUUACGCCUGUGGGACAGAGUGGCGAAGACGUUCCGCCGCAGGCUUCCACUCCUGCACAAACAGUGAGCCCCUCACAUGGAGCCUCCACUCAGGAUCCCAUUGUAACAGAUUCCAGCGUUCCCAUCAGCCUCGUCCUGAGGCUGAGGAAUCCAAAGAAGGAACUCAAUGACAUCAGAUUUGAGUUCAUGUCUGGUAGAGACUCUGCUGAUGGAGUGUCUCAGGAGUUGGUUUCAGCCGGUCUGGUUGAUGGGAGAGAUUUAGUCAUUGUUGCUGCCAAUCUGCAAAAGAUUGUGGAUGAUCCUCAGAAUCACAAAAAUGUCACCUUUAAGCUGGCAUCUGGUGUGGAGGAGUCUGAAAUUCCCGAUGACGUCAAACUCAUCGGCUUUGCGCAGCUCAGCAUUAGCUAAGUCAAAAGGCGUGCAGCAAAAGACAGCAACUACUGGUAAUGCACUGCUGCAUGCUAGUAAAUUCUAAGACGCCACUGCUGCCAAAGAGAGGACGGCGAGACGUGAAGCUGGCUCAAAGUGUGACACUGCGGCAGGAUGCACGAGGACCACAUGGCGAGGAGGUUCAGUCCAUCACAGGAACACACUUGAAACGUUUACAGUGCGCUUAUUCGUGGGAGAGGACAUGCAAUCAAUUAUUAUUCCUACCCCCCCUUUCAUUCAUAAGCACAACCCAAACCAUCUCGUCAUUAAUGCGAAUGAUGCCUUUCUCUUUAUAUCUACCUUUUUUUUCUCAAUUACAUAAACUGUGCCACAAAACUCACACGAGUGAAAUGUCACCUUAUGCUACACUGAAUCUGACCAGUGAAAUUAAGCCUUAGUUAAUUGUCAACUAUAUAUGUCCUCUUUACCAUAGCUCAAUCAAUAGUGAUUAUUGGCUGAUUAAUUAUAUGCAUUUCUAAGCUGUCUAAGAAAUUCCUUCCUUGGAAAUGAUACAAUAGAGACGUCAACAUUGCUUUGGUAGGCAAAACAUCUCCCCUUAUAAUUGAAGCACAACCAAAGACAUAAUCAGGCGUUGACUGCACCAAACGACUCAUUUAAAUGUAGUUAAAUCAUCCCUUCAGCUAGCAGCUUUCUACGUCACAAUUUCAGUUACUACAAUUUUGGAGUUUUCAUCACGUCUUCAAAAAAAGGAAAUAUCACUCGCCUGAUAUUCUUCUCCUAUGCAAUAUUUGUUUUCACUUGAUGUGAUGCUGUUUGCUCUCUUUGGCUGAAUGAAUUGUUUUGCUGUACCUCAAUAGUUCAGGCGGCAAGGCUUGGCCCUCAAAUCGACUGAUUUCCAUAAGUAUCCCAGCAAAGUGAAUUUUUAACACACCUACACGGGUCAUUUGCUUUCUUUUUCUCAACUUUUUUCCAAAUGUUAAUGUUGCAUUCUCAUUUCAUGGAGUCUACCAGUUUUUGAUAAAUCCUUAAAUCUGAAAGAGUGUUGAGUCCAGGCUGGUUUGGCUUGCAAAGACUGAUAGGUUUUCAAAUUCCUAGGUGUGGAACCAGAGGAAAGGGCCACUUCACCCAAAUAGCACUCACCAAUGGUGGUAUGCAGCCAUGCAAAGGAAUAGAUCAACAGUGGAUAGCCAUUCAUUCAUUUAAUAGGUAUGGGUUUCCAGAAUCAUUCAUCUAUGGCAACCCCACUCAAUUUGAGGUGGAAAAUAUGCACUGUAUAUUACAAAUAAUAGCCAAUGUUAUAUAGAUUGCUUUGGAAAAGGAUUCUCAUCAAAUUUUGACUUGUGGUAGCAAGUGCAGGUUGUAGCCCAGCUCUCACCGAAAGUCUGUUGGGGUAAACACAAAAUCCAUGGACUGAAUCCCUCUUAAGGAUAUAUUAUAACAUUAUCUUAAAUGUUUUAUUUUUGAGGACAAAAGCUUUUACCACAAAGAGCGCCACCCCACACUUUUCCAUUUAUUUGUUAACCUGUUAGCAUGCUAACAUCUAUGCUAGCUCAGUAAAACACACAGUUCCAUGACAGAAUUGCUAUUAAAUGUAUUUAAAAUGAUAAUAUCUCUUUGGGUGGAGUGACCCUACCCAGAAAAGUAGAGGCGCAUGUCAGGUUUUGUGUGUUUGGCCGUAUUUUCAUGUCUUUGCUGUCCAAAAACUCCUCUGGCCGGCCACUUGUCACUCCCAUUGUAGCUUUUCUGCUUUGUUCGUACCACAUGAAAGGGCUGCCUUCAAGCUGCUUCUUCAGUAACGAAUGAUUUACAAGUACGUAUGUUGCGACUCCAAGCACUGUCACAUACGUUUGUGUACCCACCCCCCACCCCAUCUGUAGCAAUGUCGAUGCAUUUGACUUAAACAGGACAAACCGUAUAAUAUGGCUUGUAAAUGUUGAUUCUGGAAAAGACAUAGUAAACCUGAUGACUCAUCUUGAGCCAAAAGGAGGUAAAUGUUUGCAUUUCUGCCUUUUGCCUUUGUCACUUGCGUCACUAAUCGUGCACAAAUUGGUUUAAUUGGCACCUUAUUGAUAUGUUAGCAUGUGUAUUGUGCUGUUCUUAUAUGCACAUGUCUUUUUUUUCCACAAACUUGUGCAAACCCAUUAGAGUUUGAUAAGUUUUCAUAUGACAGGAUACAUUUGUACGUGUAUGUUUGAGCUGGUGUGUGUGUGUGUUACCAUCUAAAUGCCCUGAAUUAUCUUUAUUUUUUUUUACCGUAAAGGAAAAGCAUUAUUAUUGUCUCAUCACAUUAACUAAAUCAUUAGUAUUAUUUGAAUCAAAUGAUGGCAAACUAAUGUAUUAUUUAAAAUCUUUUUGAAAUAUUGCUGGCGUCAGGCCGAAACCUCAUAAUUACAAUUUGGACAAUUUAAUUUGGUAAAUUUAAUAUUUUUUCUUAAUUGUAUACUAUUGGUCAGUACAUAUGUGUGGGUGUUGAAAAUGGCUUGUUCUCAUGAUCGAAAGUUAAUGUUUGAACAAACAUGCCCUUUUUAAAAAGUGACAAUUUCUGUGGUACAAGGUUUUGGCCCAAUGCCAGCCAUAUACUUGUCAACUUGUACACAUAUAUACUUUGUCAAAUGCUAAUUUGAACUGGAACAUUUAUUUCAAGACAAAUCCAUUGAUGUAAAAUGUCACCAGGAGCAGAAUGAUUUUUGGUUGAUGAAUAAAGCCACAGUGGGGUUAAAAAA